GCAGGCGGCUAUGGAGCCGUGAGGAAGCUGCAGUCAUUAAUUCUUGCUGAUGGAUUUACAGAGAAAACGUUAAAAACAAUAGAGAGCUUGGACUCAGAUAAUUGUAAUGAAUGCAGAAAUUAUUAGCUGCAAUUUAACUCUUGGAUUUGCGGCAGGUACACUCUUGCACUGUUAAUUCCUAUAUAUCAUUGGCGUUAUUUGAAAUCUGGGAUUUGAUUUAGCUGGAAGACAUGUAGUUUAUAUGCUGGCAUAUAACCUGGAGACUCACCUGGAUUCCAUACGAAUUUGUGAUCUGUAUUCAAUUCUCGGAUACCUGGACAGCCAACAGAGUUUGCCAUUUUGGAAUCCGAGAAAUACACGCAGAUAUUGCAGUGAGUUUGUGCCUCAUUAUUUUCUGAUACACCAAAAUCUGAUAAUUUAGUCGUCCGUCCUGUGGCAAUCACCAUCUAAAAAGGCACACCGAUAUGAUGUGGGAGAGCAAGAAAUUUGCCUGGUUUCGAAGUUCCUGUUCAGUAUUGACUCUCUGUAUGCUGGUUAGCAGAGCUGGAAAUGCUGACGCAAAUGGUCUGAAGAGAAAUGGCAUCUCAAAACCAGAUUUCUCAUGUGUUGAUGCCGACCGCUUCUAUGACCAUUAUGUAUGGAAAGAGCAAGAACUGAUUCAUCACUUGUUUUGUCCUCUGAAUGAGGAGCUGCUGCAGCUGAUACAGAAUUCCCCCAGGUUCACUGUUGAAUGGAGCAAGAACUGUCUUCCUUUGAAUAUUAACCAAAGUUCUCGCAUAAUUAACACCACCUAUCCAAAUGGGACCGCAUUUCUCACAUUCCAUGCCCUCCACAAUAUUGAUGCUGGAAAUUAUACUUGCAUUGUCAACUUGAAUGGCGAGAUGUAUUACUCCUUCACCAUGCGACUCCGAUUGGAAGGCAGUCGCUGUAACCUUCUUCCUGAGUUUCUGUCUCCUCCUGGAAAUCGGGCUUACACACUUCCCAUUGGCUCCUGGCUUGUGUUGAAUUGCACAGUGAAGCUACUCUAUGAUCAGAAGUUCAACUGGUGUGACCCAAGCAUCGAGUGGAGUAAGGAUGGACGUAUGGUCACCAAUAGUAGCAAAUACAGCUGUACUGAGGAGACCAGAUUUAAUAAUAAUGCUUCAGAGAAGUUUCUCUCCAGUCUUCUGAACAUCAGCGUGACAGACAAAGGUGACUACGGAAUCUUCACCUGUCUCAUAAGAAAGGAAUUGGCAACCUUCACGUUACAAAGAGAAAACACCGCCAGCCAUGUGCCAGCAGUACUGGGUGCUCUCCUGGUGCUCUUUGCAUUACUCCUGGCCGGAUUACUGUAUGUGAAGUGCCGACUGGAUCUGCAGCUCUGGUACAGAAACAAAUAUGGAGAAUUUGAAGUCAAUGAUGGGAAGUUGUAUGAUGCUUAUGUUUCCUACAUGUCUGCUGGCGACGACCGCAAGUUUGUAAACUUCAUCCUGAAGCCACAUCUGGAGAACAGAUAUGGAUACAAGCUACACCUGGAUGACCGUAACAUCCUACCGGGAUCAGAGCCCUCUGCAGAGCUGAUAAUGAACAUUAGUCGCUGCCGCCGUCUGAUUGUGGUGCUAUCCAAGGCAUACCUGGAGCAGGACUGGUGCAGGCUGAACUUUAGGGAAGCUCUAUGGCAGCUGUUGGAUCUCUCCAGAAGGCCCAUCUUCAUAAUGUUUGAAAGCCAGUACAGGGAACUGUCUCACCCCGCUGUUCAACUUCUCAGAGCACAGAGGAAAAGCAUUAAUCUCCUACUCUGGACUUCCACAUCAAUGACACCCUCCUCUGAGUUCUGGAAAGAGUUGCGAUUGCUUUUGCCUCGGAAGGUCCCUCAUCGAUGUGUCAUGGCAGAUCCCCAGACUCGACUCCAGGAUGAUGAGGACCCUAUGCUGAUCCUUAACCCAGAUUAUCUGGACUGCAGGUGUGACCCUGACCCUGAAGGGGAUCUGGGAGUGAGAGCACCGAUUUACAAAGGCCCUCCCCCACCUGUAUCUGCCCUUCCUAAAACACCAAAGACUAAUCCCAGUGUGGAACCUCCUUAUGAGGACACAGAGAGAAGUGAAGUGGAUAUUGCAGAUCUCGGAUCUCGAAAUUAUGGAACAAGAACAGAUUUCUAUUGCCUUGUAACUGAAGAAGAUAUUUGAAUGUGGGCGAUCACAGAGUAUAGCAGUGAACCACCCUUUCCAGCUCCAUCUUGGCCAUCAACCUUGUUUCACUACAAUGCCAUCCUCCAACUAUCAACAUUUCUUAUUUAGUUUGUUCAGUUUUCAGUGCACAGCCUCUCCUGAAUAUAUUUAUAUCCCAUGUUUUGUGAGAAAGUUAUGGGAUAUGUUGCCAUGAUGCUAGCAAUUCUAUAAACUUACCAGUUUUUGCCUCUUCCAUAUAUGAGCAAGCAGCAUUAUCACCUACUCUGUGACAAGAUCUCAGUCCUGUCACAUGUGGCUGCUUAUGGCUGGGAUUUUGCCCAUUCAAAAUGGGUAGAAUGUUUUUGAAAAAGACUGAAUAUGUCAAAACAAAAUUGAAUGUUUACUUUAACAUAUACAAUGUCUGACUUUUUCUCAAAAUAUAAUGUUCUAUAUAUGGCUGGAGAAGCAGGCUAUGCACUCUAAUGAUGUGGGAUGAUGUAUUUUUAGUAAUCUGCUCUAUCCCCAGAGCAAACACCAGCCACAAGGUUGGUAGUCACAUUGGGAGUUUCCCUUUACUCCUGUGCAAGAUAUGCUUCUGAUUUCAUGCAUCAUCCUAUGUUAUUGAUCAUCAAUGGACUAGGCUGAGAGAGGGGGAUGUUCGGCACAUCAUCUCUCUCCUUCCCCACUAUCCUUUCUCAUUACUUACUGUCUUCAUGCAACUGAAAGGGUUGGUUUUUUGAGCCCCAUUACAUAGAUGUUAACGCUAUGAACUCUUUGGGUGAUUAGGGAAGGUGUGUACACCAAAGUAAUGUUUUUUUCUACACUAGUGAUGUCCCUUGUGUGAGUGCAAUUAUUGGGAUGCUGGAAGAAGACAUGAAAGAUUAUCAUCUGCCUUAUGUUGGUUCGUUUGAGUGUUUAGUCUCUUGUAACUGCUCAAAUCAAAAUGUUCACUUUUAGUUUUAAAAACCUUUUAUUAAAUUUCCUUUUAUUCUCUGCUGCAAUGCGAAUAGUCCCAUUAUGUGAAGUGCCUCAAAUAAUUUCUAGGUGGAUCUUUGCUAUAUGUUCACUAAAUCUUUAAUGUCCUUCCUAUUAGAAUGUUGUGUUGUAUACAAUGUUUUGUACAAAGUUACCAUUACUUUUUUCCUCAUUUACUCUGUCUCUAUUUGUAGAACCCAAAAUAAUGCUUUUUAUAAUUGCUUUAUCUACCUCUACUCUCACUUUGAGGGAACUAUGUUAAUGAACCCGUCUCCUCUCUCUAUCCAUUUUUCAUCUUUCCACUGAAUUAGUGUUCCAAUUCCUUUUCUUUCUCCCAAAAUAUUAUCUCACAUUUUGCCACAUUAACUUGCAUCUUCCACCUGUCUGCUUAUUCUGCUAACUUAUGUCAUCCUGUAAAUGUUUACUUUUCUUUGUUUACCAAAUCUCCUACUUUCGUAUUGUCAAAUUUUAAGAUUGAGUUUCCUAGUGAAGGUAGACACAGCACUGACCAACCCUGGGCUAUCCAACCCUUCUCCAAUCUGAGCAAAAAAAUUACUAUAACCUUUUCUGCGCCUGGUAACUGACUUCCUAUCUAUUUUAGUACAUUGUCAUAUGCCAUAAGGCUGAAGUUUUCUAAAAAGGCCUUGAGAGGACCUUGGCCCCAAAUUUUGCACUAACUUUGAAGCAAAUUAUGGAACGGUGUGGAUGGUUGUUGGGUUUCUACCCUGUAAUAGCUAUAAAUGUACUUCUGAUGUGGUCUGUAGCCUUUCCCCGCUUGCCAAUGUUGCUGGGUGGUCAUUACAACACAUUAAGAUGAGGACCUAAACCCAAGCUUAAUUAAGUUAAAGGAGGUGCAAGUUAAAAGAUCUAUAAGUGUUGCCAACAUCAGCUAAAACUUGUUACGUCCUUUAUUUUGGAGUCUAAAACCAAAAGGAAACUUUGAGAAGGGAUUACAGGAAUUGGGGAAAAAAGGCUUUUAGGGGAGGAUCUUAUGAUUGUCACCUCAACAGCACUGAUCAUACUUAUGGCAACUUGAGGCUCAGUUAGACUACUGGGAAAUAUUUAUUCAGCUCUUUCCACCCCCAACCUCCCUACAUGAAGAAGUUCUGAGUUGCAAUUAUGGAGUUCCCAGUGGACAUUCCUUUGUUGUUUUAGUGCCUUUCCAUCUCUCCCUCCUUUAGGAUUCUUCUUAAAAUCUGCCUCUUUCACCUGUUCAAAAAUCUCGUGGCUCACUGUCAAGAAACGUUUAAUAACACUCCUAUAAAAUGCUUAAGAUAUUUUACUACAUUGGAAACACUAUAUAAAUGGGAGUUGAUUUUGGUAUAGGAUCAGCUCAUUUCAAGAAGCCACAAGGGACUAGUGUAAUAUUAACAUUGUAAAGUUGCAGUAGCAACAUACAACACAACACACUCAUGCAUGUAGUGAUUUUAAUGAAGAGAAACAUCUGAUUUACCUGGUCACUGACCCCAUUUUUAAAAGGGGGGAGUUUGCCAAAUUUGGCAUGACUGCCAGGUGGCAGUGUGAUACAGCCCUAUAGUUUUUAUGAUAUUGCUGGGUUCCUCAAAAUGCAAGGUGUAGUGGAUGGCACUCAUGCCGUUGCAAGGUUCUUUGGUAAAGUCCAGAAACUUUCUGAAAGGAAAGUGUAAUCAGUUAUUGAAGUUACAAAUUUUUAUGUGGCUGGAUACAAAGAAUUCUGGAUGUCUGUGCCAAGUUCCCUUGACACUUCUGUCUUCAGGAAUUCAGUAUGAAAUAAGUGCCCCUUUUCCUGAAUGGUCACAAAUUAUUAUAUACAAGUAACCAUGUUCAGUUUUCCAACAACACUCCUUAUCUUUUGCCACUUGAUGCACAAAGCGGUGCAAGUAACUUGCAGGACCAUUGGGUGGAUCAGUCCCUUGGCUUGGUGAAAACCACCAUCCAGAAGUCCAGGAUGUGUAGAAUUAUUGAAUAGGGUUACUCCAUCUGCUUACUCCUCUUCAGAACUAUCAUAAGUCUAUGGGUGAUAGUGGAGCUGGGUUAUGGAACUGUCACUGGUUUCUUUGCUCUCCUAGCAUCUCUGGUCUGCUCUUGUAGUGGGUCAGCUCUCGAGAGCCCCUUCUGCUCUUCUGGUUUGCAUACCCUUGAAAGUUUCUCCUGUGACAAAAUUGGGUAUAUUAGGUGAAGUUUGUGAGGAAGGUAGCAUCAGAUAGCUGAGAUGAUAGAUUUGUAUCAUCCUGUUACAUUGUUCACAAUAGAAAUAAAACAUUACUCUAACACAGGGCCUGAAAAGGAAGCUACUAUAGCACAACACUACGUCAGAUUUGUAGUUUACAUUUAUGUGCUCUCCUUACUACUAGUCAGUAGUUCCUCAACACUGUCAGUUUUCCUCCUGCACUGUCUUAAACUCUUGUAACUGUUAUUGCUGAUUCUCUUUUCUGGCUGUUGCAUUAUGUACAAUUUUCCUUCAUUAGAAUCCAUACAGUGGAAGAAAUGCAGAACUACACCACUUGAUGCAAGAUGUCACAUCCAUUUUGUGUUUGGGAAGGCACAGCCUAUGCAGAAUUCAACAUGUGGAUAAGUGAUUUACAGAAAUCGGGGAGAUAGAUUUGGAAGAUUAAGGCCUUUUAUGAUGUGAUUUCUGCAGAACUUAUAAAAUAACAGAAAACAUUAGAAGCAGACAGGUCAAUCAGCAACUAAAAAGAUAAAGAUAAGACUGGCUAACUCAAGAUGAAACUCUUCAAAGCAUUAAGCUUUCCUAUUCAGCUGUUAACUGACCAGCAUUUUCUGCAUGGUUUAUUUGUUUAUUCUAAUCUCUACUGUAUUUGCAUUACUCAAAUAAUUCAUUAAUUCUGUAGGAGCAUUGAUAUUUGUGAAGGGAUAAUUCAGUUUCCUGGGUUUCCCACAUCAGCAUUAUCCAAUAAAGAGAUGGAAUCACUGCAACAGC